UAAGAGAGGAGAGAGAACAUCCUUAACAGAAACCGGAAUUUCAUACUGACGAAAUUCCAGUUCAAAGUAACCCGCUUAAAACGGUCUCUCUCUUUGUUUCACUCUACCAAUUUUAUCUGUGAAAAUCCGAAUCUUCCGCACUGAAUCCGCGUUCAUAGGUCGAUCUCUAACUGGUUUUUCAAUCUUUCUGGCGGCUCGGACGCGGCUCUUGAACUUCUCCUUUACAUGCUCUGCCGCACCUUCUCUUGCACUUUUUAUUGCAAACGUAAGCUGCCAUUUACUUUCCCCCUCGUUCAAUCAACCGAGGAGAUUUUAUUUGUUGAUAUUUUAUCUGUCUUUUGCUCUUAUACAUCUGCCACUUGGGGUUUUAGGAAAUGCCAAUUUUUAUUCAAUAAGUGGAGUUGAAUUGGAUUUAAUUUUUGGGAAUCGUAGUACUAGCUUCUGGGUUUUGUCCUUCUGUGUUGGGGAUAACUUUUCCAGUUCUUGUUGUUAGUACUUAGUAGGGGUUAGAGUUUGGUGAAUGGGGUUUAGAAUCAUGGUCUCUCCCAAUAGAGGUCAGGCGGCUCAUUUCCCCCCUCUGGGUAGGCAAGGAUCUCUUUACAAUCUCACCCUUGAUGAGGUCCAGAACCAGCUGGGGAAUGUAGAAAAGCCCUUGAAUAGUAUGAAUAUGGAUGAGCUGUUGAAGAGUGUUGUUGCUGCUGAAGGAAAUCAGGUAAUUCAGGAACAACUUUCCAGUGUGAACGCCUCAUCUUCAUCUUCUCCUCCAAUCUUUCCUGGGAAUUUGAAUUUGAAUGGGACGCUCAGUAGGAAAACAGUUGACGAGGUUUGGAAAGAGAUUGCUCAGCAAGAGCAAGACAAUGCAGAAGGUGAUGGAUCUGUGCAGAGGCAGCGGACCCUUGGGGAAACCACACUAGAGGAUUUUCUUAUCCGAGCUGGUGCCAUUAAUAUAGGGAAUGAUAAUGGUGUUCUUAAUCCUCAGUCCUUGAUGGCAAUUGACCCAAUGGUUGCAGCAUCUCAACAGGCAGAUUGGUUGCAAUUCCAGAUGGCUGCUGUUCAACACCAGCAGAUGGCAGUCUUGGGUUCAAGUAUGCCUGCUGCUGUAUCAGUGUUUGGGAAUUCAGUUGUAGAUGCUGGGUACUCAGGGAACCAACUGGCACUGUCAAUGUCGAUGCCAAUAGUGACGGCAACAUCAUCAGAUUCACAGUCAACAGUUGAAAGAAAGCGACAAUUCUCAGAUGAGAUGAUGGAGAAGACUAUUGAAAGGAGGCAGAAAAGGAUGAUCAAAAACCGUGAAUCAGCUGCCAGAUCAAGGGCAAGGAAGCAGGCCUAUACCAACCAGUUGGAGAAUGAGGCAUCAAAGUUAAAGAAAACAAAUAAGAGGCUCAAAAGGCAGAAGGAGAUACAGAUGCUUUUACCUUUGGAUACAACUCCAGAACUCAAAUAUCAACUUCGGCGUACUAGCUCAGCAUCAUUCUGAGAGAGCAGACAAAUCUGUCCAUUAUACUGAUUUAAUUAUUUUAUUCAUUUUGCUUUUCUGUUUCAUCCCUUUUUGGUUUAAUUCGUUAGCUUGCAGAUCCAUGAGGCAAUGGUUGUGCAUUGAAAGCAUUACAAGAGUAAGCUAUUCUAAUUAUGUGGAGUAGGCUGAUGUUGAAAGGAUGCUGCAACUCUUCACAAAAGAAACAAAAAGUAAAAAUAGAAAUAAAAACCAAAACAAAUUAUUCAUUUCUUUCUUUUGCACUAGUCAUUCUAUCACAGCUGAUGAAUGAAAAGAUUCCCCUUCCAUCUGUUGUCCAGUAGCACAAGAACUGUGUGAGUGGCCAUUUAUUUUGAUAGAUAAAAAACACUACACUAACAAAAGGAAUUUACAAACUGGUUUCUAUGAGUGGGUGGCCAUUCUUUCCAUCAAUACUGACGGAUUUAAUUGUCUUAGACGCUUUCAAAUCAGCAUCUUAUUUGUUGAGAAUUUCAGUGAGGAUCAAAGUUGGUUUAUAUGAUUUUGCAUGGCCUACCUUUCUUUCUUUAUUUUUUUUUUUUUGUGGGCUUAAAUAUAUGUAGGUAUAUUAGCAGUAUAUGGAUGGGAUGAUACUGACUCUUGCAAUGGCAUUAUUUGAAAAACAAAAUAAAAAACUUGUUUGCUCAUAAGAUAACGUUGAGACAUCCUCUCGACACUCUGAAAUCAUGGGCACCAUUUGGAAAUUCCAUGUGCCAUCAAGACCUCUAAUUUAUGGGUAAUUAGAAUCAUCAAAAUAUCCAAUUAACAGAGAUUUCUUAUUAUCGAAUCCCUCCCACUGGGUUACAAAUUGUACUUAAUUGUCCAAAUUCAAUCUGUUUAGGAUAGAAUAUGGAUAUAUCCUAUAUCUGAUCCAAUAUAAUCCCAUUUGUUUCAAUUUAAAUGUAUAUGUUUAUGUAUAUUUAAAUUUCAUGUUGUAUUUAUUAGUAAAAUU